AUGCGACUAUUUCCUUACCUUGGUCACGGUUCGGGAAAGGUUGUUCAUGCCAAGGUGACAACCAUGGAUGCUGAUUUGGAUCGCAUUGUCAUCGAGGUUGGUUCUACUUCUCUACAGUAUUAGGU